AUGGCGUGUUUGCACGCCGUGUCACUCGUUCGCCGCCACCGCAUUCCCCGCACGGAAUGCGACGACUCCACCGCGUACGGCCACACUAUCAUCGCCGUCAACGUAGCGUCACGAACGCGUGCACGUCUACAAGGCCGGCCCACUGUCGCCAGCGGUGCCGCAGCAGGAGGGCGAUGCAGGGAUCUCACGGAGCGCGUAGGUGGGGAGAGCGGACGUAGGGCGGGUAGGAACGCUACAUCAGCGUCCUCCCUGCCUCUCGUUCGACCACCCCAACGCGCUCUUCUGACCUCGAAGACCCACGCGCGAACCCAUGCGAGGCAACUUGCUGCAGCUCUUCCCGCCCUUCUGCGGCGUCCUCCAUUCGCCAUCGCCAUCCUCCUCAUCCUCAACCACACACGUCCACCACAUACGGCCGGCCACGCCCUCCUCGCCGUCAACAUAGCCUCACGAACGCGCGCACGUCUGCAAGACAGGGCCACCGUCGUCAGUGGCGCCGUAGCAGGAGGGCGAGUCGGGGGAUGUUAUGGAGCGCGUAGGUGGGCGAGAGCGGACGUAGGCGGGGUCGUUUGCACACACCAGUUUCGUCGUCCUCCCUCUCGUUUGACCACCCCAGCGGGUUCUAUCGGCCUUGAGGACCUGCGCGCACGCCCGUCUGGGCCUCGAACGUCUUCGCGCCCUUGUACAGCCAACCGGUGCGCGGGCGCUCGCUUCCCUCACCACCACGGCGUGUCAUUCGUUCGCCGCUGCCAUAUCCCCUGCACCCAACGAGACGAGUCCACUGCGUAUGGCCAUGCUUUCCUCGCCCUCAACAUGCCACACGAACGCGGGGUCGUCUGCAAGACAUUGCCACCGUCGUUAGCAGCGCCACAGCAGGAGGGCGAGUCCUUCGUGAUCAGGGAGCGCGUAGGUGGGCCAGAGCGAACGUAG